CACUACCGCACUUCAACCACCCCAACUACACCGCCAUGCCCGAGAUCAAGCUCCGAAACCAGCCGUUUGACGUAGCCUUCUCGCCUCGCGCGAGCGUGCUCUGCGCAGCCCUCCUCACCGGCGAGAUCAAAGCGUGGACAUACGACGACGCCGGCGCCACCACCACGGCCUGGAGUGCGCGUCCGACGAAACGCACUGCCCGCGCGCUCCACUUCUCGCCUGACGGCAACGACAUCUGGAUGGGCGGCAAGUCGGGCAUCAUUGCACAGCUGGACGCGUCGACCGGCGCGGUCAAGUGGCACGCGGAGGCGCACGCCGCCCCCGUGAACCGCGUGCAUGUCGUCAACCCCCAGCUCGUGGCGUCUGGCGACGACGACGGCGUCAUCAAGUUCUGGGACGCGCGCGCGCCGUCCCAGAUCCGCGAAUAUACGCAGCAUUGGGACUAUAUUUCCGACUUUGCGUAUUUCGAGGACCGGCGGCUGCUCGUCGCGACGUCGGGCGACGGACACCUCUCGGCCAUCGAUAUCCGGCGGAACAAGGCCGAGCCGGCGCAUCUCAGCGCCGACCAAGAGGACGAGUUGUUGAGCGUGUGCCCCAUCAAGGGCGGGGAGAAGUUUGUCGUCGGCACGGGGCUCGGCGUGCUCAGCGUGUGGGAUAGGAGUAAGGGGUGGGAGGAUGGGGUGGAUCGCAUGCUGGGACAUCCGGCGAGUGUCGAUGCUGUUGUUGCGCUCAGCGAGGAUAUCGUCGCGACGGGGAGCGAAGACGGCAUGGUCCGCGUUAUCCAGGUGCAGCCGAAUUCGUUCCUCGGCGUUAUCGCUACGCAUGACGAGUACCCCAUCGAGCGGCUCGCGCUCGACCGCUCGGCCAAGUGGCUCGCGAGCGUGUCGCAUGACGAGUGCAUCAAGCUCACGGACUGUGAGGGGAUGUUCGAGGACGACAGUGGGGCGGAGGAUGUCGAGAUGGGUGAUGAGGAGGAGGAGGGCGAUGCCGCCAUGGACGAAGACAGUGAGGACGACGACUCGGACAACGAGCCCGCACAAGCCGCACCGGUCGAUUGGGGAUCCGACAGCGACGACGACAAGCCGCAGCGCAAGAAGAAAGUCAGGAAGGGGCAGCACAAGGUCGGCAAGGAGCGGGUGAAUGAGGAGGCGGGGUUCUUUGACGACCUCUGACGUCCCUCUCUUCCUCCGCCAUCUCCCCUCACCCUUCCCCAUAGAUCUAGAUGUAUGCAUGAUAUAACGUACAGUGGUGAUGCAACUACAAUGCCAGC